AAUGUGUAUUUUCACUACAAAUCGUUAGUUGUUCGUACCUACUAAUGCCUGUUAUCCGUAACUAGUCUUGUCCUGGGAGUACCCAUCCAAAGUGAGGAAUCGACUAACAUCGUAAAAUUAGUAAGGGUCCAAUUUUCAAACGUCGUCUUCGUUAUCAAUCUUGUUGUGUUGUGUCCAGUAUGUGGUACUGUCCCUAGAUGUGGUACUCCACGUGGGAAUGACAACGAAUCGAAACUUAGCGCCUCAGAGUUACACUUCUUCGUCUCAACCGUCGUCGCAACAAAGUGAUCUGUUUAGAAUCGGCUGCAAAUCCCACUUUAAGAACUAUCCGAGAGGGUUAUGGAGCGCAAGGGCAGCUUUGACCACGUGAAGGCCCUGGUUAGCAGCAUCCAUGGAUCGUUUCCCAGCUCCAUACUUGUGGACGAAAAUGUCCUCGCGACCAGUUUCCCAACCGGUGGGGAUCAGUCCCGGGGGUCGGCCCCGAUGACGCCAACACGGGCCACUCCCAACCGGGCCACCGAAACCGCUUCCCCGACCCCGGCGGACUCCGGAGGCACCGGCACCGAGUCCGGGAACGUUUCGCCGAGCAAAAUGCCCCAUCGGCUUCGGAUUCCGUCGCUGGUGGUCACGAACGCACUGACGCCGUACCUCCUCAGCAGCAAUCCCGGAACCGGCGGCACCGGCGAAGGUGACCACUCCCUCCGGCGGUUCAGUUUUGCCCUCAUGAGACGCCACUCCAACACGGCCUUGAAUCGGUGCGAUUCAAUGGGCUCGCUGAGUCAUCGCACUCUGCUACAGUAUCUGGAUUCGGACGAUCUAGUCGGGCUCAAGUCGUUCCUGGGGACGCGCCAGCUGCAGGUCGAUGACCGGGAUGAGAAUGGCACUACCGUGCUGAUGAUUGCCAGUGGCCGGGGAGCGUCCAGCUUUGUGAAGGAGUUGAUCGCGCGGGGAGCCGAUGUGCACGCACAGGACCUGGACAACUGGUCGGCGUUGCAGUUUGCGGCAAAGUCGGGCCACGCGGACAUUGUGGAGAUCCUGCUGGACAAUGGGGCCGAGAUCGAGCACCGGGAUAUGGGCGGCUGGACCGCCCUUAUGUGGGGCUCGUACAAGGGACACGCGGACGUGGUUUCGUUGCUGCUGCAGAGAGGGGCCGACGUGCAGGCCCAUGGCAAUUACCAUCUGAACCCGCUGCUGUGGGCGUCCGGUCGAGGCCAUACGGAGAUUGUGAAGUUGUUGGUGAACACGGGGGGUGCGAAAACGAACGUGGGUGACAAGUACGGGACGACGCCGCUGGUGUGGGCCUGUCGGAAGGGCUACACGGAGAUCGUUGACACUCUGCUGAAGGCCGGCGCCAAUGUGGACACGGCCGGUAUGUACUCGUGGACACCGCUGUUGGUUGCGGUAACCGGCGGACAUCAGGAGUGUGUCUCGUUGCUGCUGGAACGCAAACCGAACGUCAACGCGCUGGACAAGGACGGCAUGACCGCACUCUCGAUCGCCUGCCGAGAGGGACUCACGGAAAUUGCGUCCGCUUUGAUCGCGGCCGGGGCGUACCUUAACGUGCAGGAUCGCGCCGGAGAUACGCCCCUGAUCAACGCCGUCAAGGGCGGCUACCGGAGCGUGGUGGAGAUCUUGCUGAAACGACACGUUGACGUGGAUAUACAGGGAAAAGACCGCAAGACGGCGCUCUAUACGGCCGUGGAAAAGGGUCACACAACGCUGGUGAAGCUGAUUCUACAAUCCAAUCCGGAUUUGGAACUUUCGACCAAAGACGGAGACACGCCGCUUUUGAGAGCGGUAAGAAACAGAAACCUGGAGAUGGUACAAAUGCUGCUGGAGCGCAAGGCCAAAGUUGGAGCCGCGGACAAACGGGGUGAUACCUGCCUGCACGUGGCGAUGCGAGCUCGCUCGAAGGCGAUCGUUGAAGCUCUGCUGAGCAACCCCAAGUACAGCCAGCUGCUGUACCGCUCGAACAAGGCCGGCGAAACGCCGUACGGAAUUGAUGCCAUGCAUCAGAAAACCAUUCUCGGACAAGUUUUUGGUGCUAGACGACUGAACGCAAACGAAGACUCGGAGGGAAUGCUCGGCUACGGGCUUUACUCUUCCGCACUCGCCGAUGUGCUAAGCGAACCAACCCUCACGACUCCCAUCACCGUUGGACUGUACGCCAAGUGGGGCUCCGGAAAGAGCUUUCUGCUGGCGAAACUCCGCGAAGAAAUGAAAAGCUUCGCCCAACAGUGGUCCGAACCACCCAUCCGAGCGCCGUCGUUAUUCUUCCUCGUUUGCCUCCAUCUCGCCCUCCUCCUCGGAACAGUCGUGGGCCUCACCACGUGGUGCUACAUCUGGGGACUCGUCACCGGAGUUUCGCUGCUCGUGCUCAUCUAUUUCAUCAACUACCUGUUCAAGUUUCUCGACCGACGGUACGACCUCGAGUGGCUCUACUCGCUCAACUACGGCAUCUCGCGCAAGCUCGGCCGGCUGCGGCUGAUCCUGCAGGUCGCCUUCUGCCAUCCGCCGGGUCCGCAGAGCGAUUCCCAACCGAUGCCGGUGCGGUUUCACUUUGCCGAAGCGAGCGGUGCCGCGCCCAACGGGGACGCCGCCGUAGCGCUAAUGCUUGCGUCACUUUUCGACGCCAUCGAGGCGCAUUACGGAUCGCUUGCGACCGGGUUGUACCGGGCGUUUCGACCUAAACCUUUGAAAACAACGGGAGGGUGGAAGUGGCGCCGCAUGUGCUGCGUCCCGGUGGUCAUCCUGUUCGAGUUGGGAGUUUUGGGGUUGAUCGCGGCAGCUUCGCUGUCCAUCGUGUACUCUGAGAUGCGGGAUGAGGGGAGUCAGGAAAUCGCCGUCGCCAUCUACAUCCUGCUGGGCUUUUUGUUGGCCGGAACGAUCGCGAACCUGCACGCGUGGUCAAAGCUGAUUGGGGCGCUGUUCAUGUCCCAGGGCAAGCACCUGAAGCGUUCGUUCAACAGCAGUGAGGCGGCCCCUUUGACGGCACUCGGUGCCGAAGUGAGUCUCAUGACGGACAUGAUUCGCUGUCUGGACGCGUUCACCAACCAGCAGAGUCGCCUGGUGGGCGUUGUGGAUGCGUUGGAUUCGUGCGACACGGAGCGUACGCUUACGAUACUGAACGCAAUUCAAACGAUUCUUUCCGCGCCGCAGCGUCCGUUUGUGCUGCUAUUGGCAGUUGAUCCGCACGUUGUGGCGAAAGCGGCUGAGGCGAACAGUAAGCGGUUGUUCACCGAGGGUGGCAUUGGGGGGCACGACUUUUUGCGGAAUCUGGUCCACCUUCCGGUGUACCUGCAAAACUCUGGCCUGAGGAAGGUACAACGUGCGCAGAACACGGCGUUGAACACGUAUCGUCGCAUCAUACCGGACUCUGGACGGGAUGACGAGCCGCACCUGGGUCAUUCGGUGUCGGCGCGGCGACUUUCGAAUGCGUCGGAGAUUAUGUCUAGUCAGGAGAAGCUGCGGGUUAUGCCGGGAACGUCGCGAGCUGGAAGCAAGAAGCUUAGGGUGUCGGAUUCGAUCGCCAGCUCUAUUGGGUCUAACUUACACAAGCUGGGCCAGAAUCCACCGGUGGAUCUGUCGAAGAUCAUCCUCACCGAUGACUACUUCAGCGACGUGAACCCGCGCAGUAUGAGGAGGCUGAUGAAUGUUAUCUACAUUACUGUUCGUCUGCUGAAAGCGUUCCAGAUUGAUUUCAGCUGGUAUCGCUUGAGUUCGUGGAUCAAUCUGACGGAGCAGUGGCCAUUGCGGGCGAGUAUGAUCGUCCUCGAGCAUGACCAGGCCGGCGACAGUUUUGAUGACUUGACGUCGCUGCAAUCCGUUUACGACAAAGUUCGACCAAAAAUCGCCUGCCUGCGGGAGGCGGCAACCCUUCUCGAUCUGGACCGUGACGAGCGCAAACUCGAUGCGUUCCUUCAGCUGCACAAAUCGGAUCUUCUCGUAUCAGAUCUGCGCAUUUUCCUCCCCUUCACGAUCAAUCUGGACCCCUACCUGCGAAAGGUGCUCAAGGAAGACCAGCAAGCCCUAGAAGACGAAGGCAUCAUAAUCCCGGUCAAGAGUUCCAUGCCACCCAUCAAACCGCACGGUUUCACCUCGAACCGCCACAUGCACCAGAGCAUGCUUCAUCCGACGCCGCAGCACCCGCACAGCCUACCGAAUUGGGCCGGUUUCUACAACUCACCACCGCCACCGGCAGCAGCCAUGGCAAUGAUGAACUACUACAACCCGAACUUUGCCAGCCUCCUGCACGCCCCAGACGCCGCCGGAAGUAGCCUUAAGAAGCCCAAUUCCAGCAGCAUCCUGAUCGAUCAUCUCAACGAAAAUCAUUCCAUGAGCGGCGGACCUGCCUCGUCCCACUCCAGCAAGCACCACCAAUCCAAACAACCAACCUCCCCCGGGUCACCCCCAAUCGACGUCGACCUCACCCACGUUCAACUCGCGAAGCUCUCCACCGAAGAACUAAUCGACGUGAUCGGUCGCGUCUCCGACCUCAAGCCAACGCUCGAAAGAAUGGCCCCAAUCCUGCGCGAAAACGCCAUCACCGGUCGCGUCCUCACCUACUGCAGCCUGGACGAGCUCAAAUCCGUACUUACCCUUAACUUUGGACACUGGGAAGUGUUCAAAAUGCUCAUCAACUCCCUGCGGGAGAACCCCACCGGCAAGAAGCAGCCCAAAACCACCACCUUCGCCAAGGGCACCAACGACGGCAUGGAAAGCGCGGACGGCAUCCCGUCGUCCUCGUCUUCAUCCUCCGCGGCGGCGGCAGCCGCAUCUCAGCAGAUGCCCCAGCAAUCUCCCGGGCCGUCCGUGUUCCAGCCGAUUCGGCAAAAGUCGCAGAAUGUGAUGGAGAAACAGCCCACCAAGGUUCAUGAUUAUGAGUAUUUGCAGGUAACGCUGGAGGAGCAGAUGAUCUGCGGCGCGCUGCAGACGCUCAACGAGGACGCCUUCGAGGACGUGGUGGGCAGCGAGCGGCCCAGCCCCACCGUGUCGGUGCGAAGUUCGCCGCUGCCCUCGCCCAAGCAGACGACCUCGAUCCUGAAGCCGACGGGCAGCAUCCGGAAGGGCGGAGACCGGCGCGUCACCAUGAUCAGCGCUAGCGACAGCGACGGGAAGCUUUCGCCGACGUUUAUCGAGAUUUUGAACGAGAACCUGAACAGGCGCUCGUCGGGUAAGAAGCAUGCGUCUCGAAAACAUUUGCGUCGACAGUUCAGCAUGAGUGAGAAAAGUGAACCGGAUAACUCGUUAUAACCGAUGCAACAUAGAAGAAUUUGACCAACCUUAAAACCUUUCCAACGGACCACCGAAGAAGACCAAUUACCAGAGAUUGACCUUUCCAGAUUUUUAUGUCCCUUUAAUGGAUAAUGCGUUAGAAAUAAGAUUAAACAUGAUUGAUUUUGAUAUAAUGUUAAAGAUUUAGUGAAAUAUUUUUAUGUAAAACAUUGUUUAAAAUGUUAGUCGCUAGGAUUAGUCAUCGUCAAAUAUUUUAAAAACAAAAUAGUAUAGAAUUCAUCAACA